AUGACGAGAAAAAGAGUGAAUUCGGGCGACAAAUCUCGUGAGAAGCGAACUCGAAGUCAAUCGUGUCAUAAAUGCUUUGGCAUUAAAGGCAUCAAAGGUUGCGCUAAAUGUAACAAAAGGUCGAAAACCACGGCUUCUGACAGCGAUUCCGGCGACGACUUCGAGGACGACAUGAAUGACUUCCACGCGAAGAAAGACAAGCAAUUGCUUAAGAGAAGCGCUUUGUCUCAAGACAUUGAUUCCGAUGACGAGGACGCCUAUGGAAGCGAUGAAGAAGUAAUGCCUUUCGACGAGUCGAGUGAUAGCGACCCAGAAAUGGACAGAUUUGGGAUCGAACUGAAGAAGGAUGAGAUGGCCAGUGAUCUCGAGGACAGCGACGACGAGACGGUGGACACGACGGCCACCGCGUGGGGCAAAGAGAAGAAAGUCUUCUAUAACACCGAUUAUGUGGACAAAGACUUUAGAAAAUACAAUCAAAAGGACUCAGAUUUGGCUCAAUUCGAAGAGGAAGAAGCGCUUCAAAUACAGAAACGUCUUCUCGAGUCAAUCAACGAAUCAGAUGUUGGCCUCGAUUUACUGGUCGGAGAUAUUGAGCCCAAAACGGGUUCAACUGAUUGGACACAUGAGGAGAAAGAAGAAGAGAAACUUCACAUAAAUCUCUCAAAUUUAACGAAAAGACAAAAACUGGAAAUUCUUAAGAAAGAGUCACCAGAAUUGGAACCAUUGAUCACUGAUUUUCAAACAUAUAUGACUGAAAUUAAAGACCGAUUACUGCCUGUAAUGGAAGCGAUUAAAGACAAGAAGAUAUCAGUGAAAGAACAUCCGGUAUUAAAGCAAAUGCUUUCUUUCAAAAAGCUAUUAAACGAAAUGAAUUCAAUCCAAUCGUCCAAUACUUCCAUCGAUAGAGACAUUGAUUCUGUUUUAGAGAAAUUGAAUUCCAAGAAAGACAUCAAAUUCUUCAGAAAACACACCAAAAAACAGAAGACCAGUGAAAUCGAGAAAAGAGUUUCAUUCGCUGACGAUAUGGCUGUGAGGGAAACGACGGCACCGGAAGGCCAACAGGAAGUGAUGUCGGAAACGGAUGAGGCGGCCAAACGAGGCAUCACUUAUGAAAUGGCGAAAAACAAGGGAUUGACUCCCAAACGAAAGAAGGAACUCAAGAAUCCAAGAGUUAAGCACCGAAUGAAAUACAGAAAAGCGCAGAUCAGGCGCAAGGGUCAGGUCCGCGAACCGCGUAAAGAACUCCAACGAUAUGGCGGAGAGAUGUCUGGUAUUAAGUCGGGUGUCGUUAAAAGUGUUAGAUUUAAAUAA